UCCGCUCCCGCCGGACGCUCCGCUCCCGCCGCGCCUCCUCGCCGGCCGCGCUUGCUCCCAGCGCCCGGCUUCUCCGAGCCACCAACCUGCGGCUGCGGCUGCGGCAGCCGCCCGCACCCCCGGCAGCACCAUGACAGAUCAGGCCUUUGUGACACUGACCACAAACGAUGCCUACGCCAAAGGAGCCCUGGUCCUGGGCUCGUCUCUGAAACAGCACAGGACCACCAGGAGGCUGGCCGUGCUCGUCACCCCACAGGUCUCGGACUCCAUGAGGAAAACUUUAGAGACUAUCUUUGAUGAAGUCAUCACGGUAGAUGUCUUGGACAGUGGUGAUUCUGCUCAUCUAACCUUAAUGAAGAGGCCUGAGUUGGGCAUCACGUUAACUAAACUCCACUGCUGGUCCCUUACACAGUAUUCAAAAUGUGUAUUCAUGGAUGCAGAUACCCUGGUCCUAGCAAAUAUCGAUGAUCUUUUUGAGAGAGAAGAAUUGUCGGCGGCACCAGACCCAGGGUGGCCUGACUGCUUCAAUUCUGGAGUCUUUGUUUAUCAGCCUUCAGUUGAAACGUACAAUCAGCUGUUGCACCUUGCUUCUGAGCAAGGUAGUUUUGAUGGUGGGGACCAGGGUUUACUGAACACGUUUUUUGGCAGCUGGGCAACAGCAGAUAUCAGAAAACACCUGCCAUUUAUUUAUAACCUAAGCAGCGUUUCUAUAUACUCCUACCUCCCAGCAUUUAAAGCAUUUGGUGCAAAUGCCAAAGUUGUGCAUUUCCUAGGACGAAUCAAACCGUGGAAUUAUACUUACGAUCCUCAAACAAAAAGUGUCAGAAGUGAGCCCCACGAUCCCACUGUGACUCAUCCAGAGUUUCUCAACCUGUGGUGGGACAUCUUCACGACCAGCGUUUUACCUCUGCUUCAGCAGUUUGGCCUUGUCAAAGACACCCGCUCAUACGUACACGUGCUUUCAGACUUGGUCUAUACACUGGCUUUCUCUUGUGGCUUCUGUAGAAAGGAAAAUGUCUCAUCAGCCGUAUCACAGCUGUCCCUUGGGGAGAUCCCGGCUACGGCACAGCCUUUUGUAUCCUCAGAAGAACGGAAGGAGCGGUGGGAACAGGGCCAGGCUGAUUAUAUGGGAGCAGAUUCCUUUGACAACAUCAAGAGGAAGCUGGACACUUACCUCCAGUAGAAACACUGCCCUUUUCCGUGGACACAUCCACUUCACAGGCACUUGUUUCCGAUACUUAGUAUCUAGAGCUGGGUUAAGAAAGGUCUGUUACAGUUGUUAGAGGCUUUCAUUAAAAUCCAUCAGAUGUGGGUGGGGGGUCUUGCAGGACAACUGGUGAGAGCUGGGCAAAAGUUAAGUAGCAAUUCUGUGAUAUGAAGGACAGUUCUGCUUUUUAACCCUCAGCUUGUAUUUCAGAAAUUCUCAGUUAUGCCGAUUGCCAACGUACGCGGUAAGGGACACUCAAAUCUUAAGCGGUUAAGACGGCUGUUAUCAACUCUUAAAAUGUGCCAAGCCAGGCUCCAAAUCAGUCUCCCUUCAGAUUGGGACACAGCACCUGUCUCUUGCUUGCUUGUUGUACCCUUCACUAGACCUGCAUUUUAGAAUCGCCCAGACGCUGCCAGAGUGAUUGUAAUUCUGCUUUCAGGUAAAGACAGCCUAUAAGAACACUGCUGAGUGACUCAUAAGCUUAUCAACAAAUGGUGUUAACCCAUUUUAUUUCCUAGUCUUAGUGUCUGAAGAUGUUCACCAGUUUUCUAUGUACAGUAAGGCGGCAUGCUAAAAUGCUUUCGUUCAGUUCUGUAUAUCUGAAAACAGCAGUGUGAUGGUUACCUACAGUGGCACCUUGUAUGAAAAAUAAAGAUUUCUUGACAUA